AUGCCGCCCGGGGCCCCACUGCCAGGUCAACUACCACAACCUCCUAAUCAAAAAAGACCACCCUUGGGUUUCACUUCAUCUCAAUAUUGUCAAUGGAACGAUUAUGGAUUGAAACCUCAAGUAGAUGUGUUAGAAAGAACUGGGCUCAAAGACCUAGGCUUCAAAACCUUUGUCAUAGCUUGUGAAUGGAACAAGGGAAUGGAUCCAGAAGGAAAACUAAUCGUUGAUGAUAAACAAUUUGAAGGUGGACUUACUGGCUUUGGUAGAUUCUUACAAGAUAAGCAAAUGAAAUUCGGUCUAAGGAUAGAUUCAGUGACUGCAGGAUGCCCAUGGCCACCUAAGAAGAAGAAAAAAGUUUUGGGAAUUUUUCGUAGAUCAGAUGAAAACGAGAAAUUAGGAUUGAAUAGUAAACAACUUCAAAAAAGGAAAGGAGAUUAUCCACCACUUGAUCCAAGUAGAGUUGAGAAUCAAUUUCAACAAAUCGCUUCCUGGGGUGUCACUCAUCUUGAGUACAGACCUUGUCUCUUUGUCACAGCGGGGGCGAUACAAAACCCAGAUCUCUCAAAGGUCACGAAUGAUCCAUACAUUCAAAUGAAACAGUCGAUUCAAAGAUCUCAAAAAGACAUCUUUCUUGCUACUGGUCAAUGGGGUGUUACAGAUGAAACAAGAUUAGAAACAGCAGAUACUUGGAGAGUCAAUAAUCCAGCAAAAGAAGAUUGGCAAAAAAUUCGACAAACUAUCAAUGCAAUGGUAGCUUUAUCACAUAAAUCCGCUCCAGGUCAUUUCAAUGAUUUAGAUGCAAUAGAUUGGAAUCAUCGCGAUCUAAGUCCGAUGGAACAGGCUACACAAGUGAUAUUUUGGGCUGCCACAAAAUCUCCUUUAUUACUUACUGGUGAUUUGAAUCAGGACAACCCAUCAAUCCUGGGUUUCUUGAAAAAUAAAGCUCUCAUAGAUAUCAAUCAAGAUGCACUUGGAAAAAGUAUCACUUUUAGACGUCGUUAUACCAAUGACAACGAUGUUUGGGCUGGAGAACUAAGUGACGGAAGCAUGGUCGCAAUGUUGAUCAACUGGAAAGAUGAAGAAAGAGAAUUAACAUUAUCUCUGGCUGAUGUUGAGUUGACUUCAGCAAAUGGGUUUGAUGUGAUUUCAGGAAAGGAUUUAGGCCCAUCCAACACAACUCAAAGCAAAACCAAGGGAAUGGGCAAAGCAGUCUUAAGACCAGUCACCGACAAAUUGCAAGCCAUGACAUAUUUAGAGCCAGAUGGAGUAGGUGCAGUACAAUUUGUGAACUUGGAAGGAGGUGAUAAAGGUGGUAGACUUUUAGUUGCAAUUGAUUAUAUUAACUCUAAAUUAGAUGAUUUCUCUCCAAGUUGGUGUCCAAAUUGUCUGAUUGCUAAAAUCAAAGUCAAUGAUGCUCCUGAAGUUGAAAUUGAAUUUCCUAUCACUGGAUUGACAAACAAUAUACCCAUGUCAUAUUUAGUAGAGUUAGAUGGUUUUAAACCUGGAAGUGAUAAUACACUUACAUACACAGGUGCACACAAGCAGGCUGCUCCUGAUAUAACUCAAGUAUCUUUUUUCUCAGCUUCUGCCCCAUCUGGGUAUCAGUAG